AUGGCGGUAAAGGAGAAGAAGUCGAAGGAGGCCGUGAUGAGGGCGGCCAUGGCCUCACGUGGUAAGAGGAAGAAGUGGGUUAAGGUGAAGACUAAGGACAAGGUGAACAAUGCUGUCUUCUUUGAGAAGGCCACCGUCGACAAGCUUCUUGCUGACAUCCCUAAGGCUCGUCUAAUCACUAUUUCAACCAUUUGCGAUAAGUUGAAGAUUAAUGGCAGUCUUGCCAGACAGGCUCUUUCUUACAUGGAGGAACAGAAGUUGAUUAAGCCUGUGUGUGAACAGCACCACGCUCAGAGGCUUUACACUAGGGUUUAA